AUGUUACUUUUAACGCUUCUCUUCUCGUCAGCCGUCGUCUAUGCUCGCUAUGACUAUGGUUCAUCCACGUCAUCACAACAAAAAGAAUUGGAAGUGAAAUGGAAUCAUUUUGGUAAAAUUAGACGUUUCGCAAUUAUAGCUGAGAGUUGUUGUAUUUAUGACGAAUUAAUCAAGGCUAUACAUACGUAUGAACCCACAUUGAAAGGCCUUCUUACAUGGAAAGGUUAA